GAAGUCAACUGCUGGCGCUUGCUGAUGACGUCAUCGUCUGGUUGCCAUGACGCGUUAGUGCUAGUGAAUGUCUUCAAGCAUAUUACUACACAGAGAGAGGUCAGCGCCGUGUUCUCUUCAGGGUGAGAUGGAUAAUACAGCAGCAGAUUUGCUGGGUGGUGUGGAGUCGUUAAACUCCUCCUCCCCUCUCUCUCCUCCUGUCUGUCUCUCCUCCUGUCUGUCUCUACCUGUCUCUCAGUCUUCCUCUCCUCUCUCCUCGUCUCGUGAGGUCACUGCUCGUCUCUACUCCUCCCUUCAGCAAAGCCGAGAGCAAGAGGUCAAACACCAUCAGGGCGAAACCCAUCGCACACUAACAGCCAGACAGGUAUCUUUUAAGGAUACGUCUCCGCUGGUUGCCAUGAUAACAGAUCAGAUUGGGGAUGGUCUCAGAUUGUGUUCCUCCAGUGACCUCAGAAUCUCUACCAUGGAGGAGGUGGAGUCAGAACCAGAGCCAAUCGCUGAAAAGAUGGAGCUGUUGAGCAGGACUAAACUUCAGAGUGGUCAUUGGCACAUUGAGGAGAUGGAGAAUGUGAGGAGUCAUUUACAGACAAUUCUAAGAGCCAGAGAGACUGACACACACGAACUUCCCUCUGAUCUGCAGUAUAUUCAGAACAAUGAGAGUGACAGCAGCUCUCCUCUGCUCAGUGGUUUAGAGGAGUUGUUCCCACGGUAUUCCCGUCUCCGUGCGGAUUUUGACUCUGCCCAUUUUCACUCUGUAUCUGAGCUGCAGGUGAUCAGAGAGAGUCUGGAGAGAGAAAGAGCAAGACGCAAGCACUCGGAGCAGCAGCUCUUGGCAGUGCAGAGUAAGGCGUUAGAGCUGCAGCAGCAGUUAGCACUCGCCGUGUCUGCAGAUCGCAAGAAAGAUAUCAUGAUCGAGCAACUCGAUAAGACCUUGGAGAAAGUGGUGGAGGGGUGGCGCCGGCACGAGAGAGAGAAGAGUGAGGGAGUGAGAAGGCUGCAGGAGGAGAAGGAGGCAGCAGAGAGUUCACAGCAAAAACAGAGAGAGGCUAUGGCUUGCCUUGAGAAGAAUCUGUCUGAAGCAGCAGAGAUGCUGGAAAAAGAACAAAAACGCAUGGAAGACCUGCAAAACAACAACAAAAUGCUGGAGUUUGACAUGGCGGAGCUGCAAGUGUCUGUAGGUGAGCUGGAGCAGGAGGUGCAGCGUCUACGUGCUGAGUUGGAGGAAAAGAAGGCUGAGGUGGAGAGACUCCAAACACACAGCCUGGAUCUACAGCAACAACUUGAACAACACAACCUCGAAUCCAAACACACACACGCACACCUGCAGCAGGAGCUGAAACUGCUCACACAACAGCUGGAGACAGAGAGGGAGCGAGUGGGUCAGGAGGUGCAGCUGCAUGAGGAGACCCAGUCCAGACUUCAGCAGCUGCAGCAGGACCUUGAGGAGACUAGGAGAGAAAGAGACACAGCCAGAGUGGAUCGAGCACUAGACCAGGCUCGGUUUGAGGCUCAGCGCUCGCAGUGGGACGUGGAGCUCCGCCUUGUUGUGGAGCAGCAGGUCACAGAACGACUGGCAGCCAUGCAGGAGGAGAAUGCUAAUGCUACAGCUAGGCUAAGAGAACAACACAGGAAGCAACUGCUGGACCUGAGUGCUCGUCAUGAGAGAGAGUUUUCUGUUCAGUCAGAUGAGUUCAGAUUGCAGCUGAAGGAGAGAGAUGACCGCCAGCACCAGCUCACACUCGACUUCAACAACAAGAUGGCAGAGCUACAGGAGGAGCUUGUUUCUAUGGAAACCAGUAAGAUGAGGCUGGAGAUGCAGAGGGAGGAGUUAGUGUCUCGUCUGCAGGGAAUGAUGCGUUCCCAUUGGGCAGAGGCUCUGAGACUGUUGACAAAUCAGGAGCAGAUUGAAGGGUUUACACACUUAUCAUUACAGGAUAUAUCAAAACCACACUCAUCCCUUCAAACUCAGGACACUAGUGUCUGUAGCACAGCAUGCACACUUUCUACAGCUGCUCCUCAGGCUGUGGUCCUCCAGCUGUGCAGAGACAGAGAGCGAGGGAUAAGGGGAAAAGGGGACAGUGGAGGGGACAGAGGACGAGUGGAGUCUGACUUCAGCCUGUUAAACCACAGUCAGACCUUCAGUCCACUAGAGCCAGUGCUGGAUGACACACACCUUACAGCUGGACAUGAUUUGUGGGACAGGUCUGUGGGAGCAGAGAGACACAUAGUGGACAAUGGAAAUGAAGGAGGGAGAGUCCAAACAGAGAAAGAGAGAGUGGGAGAGAUGUCUCAGUCUGGAGAAUUUGACUCUGCACUCGACUCACUUUCACACUCAGGAACUGUACAGUGA